AUGGCAAAUACUUAUGUCACUACAUCUGAUGGGUACUGUCUUACUGAACCAGUGCAGUACUAUGAUAUUCUGCCAGAGCCGAUCAGUUAUCAGCUGUACGACACUGAUUUUCAAGAAUCGCCUUUUUGCCAGUAUUCUACUGUCCAGUUUCCAACGGCUCUGCAGUCCCAAUCUUUACAAAGUCAUUUCAACACUUAUAGCUUGGAUCCACAGUUCAGUGGUGGAGAAUGUGGACUUGUUUCCUGUGAAUUAAAUAAGCCCACUUGUGUGGUUGACCAUGAUGCUGAAGAUGGAUACCCUGGAAUACAAAGGUCCAGACUAACUCAUUCUUCUAUUCGAAUUAAGGGACAGGAAGAACUCUGUGUAGUUUGUGGAGAUAAAGCAUCAGGAUAUCAUUAUAAUGCACUUACUUGUGAAGGUUGCAAAGGUUUUUUUCGACGUAGCAUCACCAAAAAUGCAGUGUAUCAUUGCAAGAAUGGUGGCCACUGUGAAAUGGACAUGUACAUGCGUAGGAAAUGUCAGGAGUGCAGACUAAAGAAAUGUAAGGCAGUAGGAAUGUUGGCAGAAUGUUUGCUCACAGAAAUCCAAUGCAAAUCAAAGAGACUUCGAAAGAAUUUUAAGCAGAAUAGUGUUUCCUCUGGCAUCAAAGUGGAAGAGGAAGUAGACAACAAGCUUGUAUCGUCCACCACGCCUUCUGGAAAAGUGAUUAAGGAGAGCAUGGAACUAACUCAAGAGGAACAUCAGCUCAUUAAGGACAUUGUGGCUGCUCAUCAAAAAUAUGCAAUUCCUUUAGAGGAGACAAAGACACUUCUGCAGAAGUAUGCAAAUCCUGAGCUGAGCUUUUUGCAACUUUCAGAGACAGUGGUCCUACACCCACAGGGGUUAGUGGAUUUUACCAAGGGGCUCCCAGGAUUUGAAAAUUUGACAACUGAGGACCAGACUGCAUUACGCAAGGGAUCAAAAACUGAAGUGAUGUUUCUUCACGGGGCCCAACUUCACAGUCUGAAAGAAUGUCUCUCACCAGUUUCUGAAAGUACUAUGAGAGUAUCAAAGCAUUCAGAUGACUCGCUGAAUUGUCACCAUCAGGGUGUUAAUAGGGGUGUUAUUUAUUCUAUGGAACCCUUUUGCAAGGAAGACUGUCACCCUACUACACUGACUGGUACUGCUGAAGAAUUUAUUAACACAUUGUUUUACUUCUACAGAAGAAUGAGUGAGCUUAAUGUUACUAAUACUGAAUAUGCUCUCCUUGCAGCAACAACUGUGUUUUUUUCAGAUCGUCCAUGCCUUAAAAAUAAGCAAUAUGUGGAAAAUUUACAGGAACCAGUUUUACAAAUUUUGUACAAAUAUUCAAAAAUUUAUCAUCCAGAAGACCUACAGCAUUUUGCUCGUCUCAUAGCGAGGCUCACUGAACUGAGGACACUGAAUCACAACUACUCAGAAAUCCUUCGCGCUUGGAAAGCAGAGGACCCCAAAUUGGCUUGUUUACUCUCAGAGAAAUGGGAUUUGUAUUCACAUUGCUGAAAUUUUAGAACGUUAUUGUGGUUUGUCUUAAAACUUUCUAAAUCUAGAUUGUUUAUCAUCAUAGGAUGACUGAUUUGGAAAACAUAAACAGGACUGCUAGGUUUCCAAUAUAUCACCAAGAAAGGGACAUUAUCAGUGUUCCUCAAAUUCUGUGGAAUGUAGGACUACCACUAGAGGGACA